UAUCGCAAGGCGGCGGAAGCAAGCCCACCGCCCGGUUGCGCAUAGAAUUCUCCAGUUACGCAAGCGCCGCCCGACGACGAACGAACUCUUCGCGCCGUUGGGAACAUCUGUCUGGUUCCGACUUCCUACGCGUUAUUUUGCGUCGCCCGGUCGUUCAGCCGAUCCAGAUAACUGCCCAAUUUGCUCCGUUUCAUGUACCAAGUUAUUAGAAUGUCUACUGGAGGUGGUGAGUGUGAGACAAAAACCACACCUGAGGCUUUGCCGACGACGAGACAGAUCAAGAGGGAGAUCAUCCGCUACGCGAAAUAUGCCGUCCCGUGCACAGCGAUCGCCGCUCUCGUCGUGGCGUUUGUCCUCCUGUACAAGUCGGCAACAUCGACAACCAAGGCAAAGGUUCCCCAUGACACUCUACCCACCAAAGUUACCAACCUCCGUGUCCUGUUCCGAACUCCAAGCUCGGUGUCUUUGGCCUGGAACAGACCUCCUGCGGUGUUCGAAGGUUACAAGGUGAUCUUCCGCACGAGCGGCACCAGAAUAGGCACAUGCCUCAACGGAACCACACUGGACCCAACACAGACGCAGAUAACCUGCGAGGACCUCGAAUCGUGUACCACCUUAGACGUGACAGUUUUCACGCAGAAGUCGUCCUCGUCAUCUGAAAUCUCAGCCGGAGUUACACUGAGCGACAUCCAAGUGCCAGGGAAAGAUCCAGGACCUCCAAUGUACAUAAAACAUGACCCUUUUGACCCAAGAAAAACGAAGUUACACUGGACUCCUCCUCAACUCGUGUGGGAACCCCUGGGUCCGUACAAGGUCACGGUGUGUGCGAACCCGGACUUGUGUCCGAGCUCGCGGCAAGUCGACUGCUACGAAGAGGAGACUCGUGCCAUGAGCCUGGUCAUCAACACAACGCCGGUCACUGACUACUGCGCCGUCAUUCAUUCGACCGCUUCGUGCUUCGGACAAGUCCACAAGAGUCAAGCCGCAGCUAAGGCAUUCAAGACACCCGCCUUUGCGCCCGGGAAGUUCACAGUAACUGCUAAGGCAACGAGCCCUUCAUCCAUUCGGCUGCUCAUAGAUCCUCCCAAAGAAAAAAACGGCAACUUGGACGGCUGCUCCGCGCAGUGCUCGUCUUCUGAGAACAAGUACGAGACCAACUGCGCUCCAGAUGACGUGGACAUAGAGGUGAAGGGUCUCAUCCCAAGUAGCCAAUACACCUGCCGUGUGACAUUCUACAAUAAUCACGAUGGUCAGCGUCUCGAGACAAGGCAAGAGGUUGGCGUCCUUACACCAAACCGUGCUGACCAACAGUCAAGUUACCUAUGGCUUAUCUUCUUGAUAAUUUUCUUAUUUUGUUUUCGAUGAGAUCACCAGAUUACAGAAAAGAAGGCAGUUGGGAGACGCCGCAUCUCGACAUUUCUACAUCCGUCCAUCACUUAGCAUUGGUCUUCGCGAUGCCGCCAUUUUGUCCUCCAACACGCAGCGACAAGUCAGAAUACAAGUUUCUAUCAAGCUCUUCAAACUGAUGCAAAUUAGUUUUUCGCGCUGCUUGUCCGCAUGUUCCACAUUGCAGUUUUAUAUGAACGACCGAAUCGGUACGCAGCGGACUGAUGAGACCCAGCAUGAGAAGAGAAAAGCGACUUUAGCCAGUCAACGAACUACAAUACUUCACUCGUCAAAAACAUGGGAAAGCACUCCCCAAGGCCAGGUAAUGCGUUCUAUUGAAUCUGGUUAUCGUUUCAUUCUCGGAUCCUCACACUAUUGAAUCACUCUUCAAACAAAAAUUAUCAUUUAAAUAUGCUGCGUUUGUGCAACACGGACUCAAAUAAGAGAAAAAAACACACA